UGACGCUGGAUUUGCUUUGGUCUUUCUUGAUGGAAGUGAGCUAAAAAGCUCGCUAGCAUCACUGGUUAGCUUACCUAGCUAACUGAACAGACAUAAGUGAUGUUGGUUGCAGAUGGACUUGCAGGUGACAUUACACGUGCAAAGGUUGAAGGAAAGGAGUUGACCAAAGAGGAAAAACAAAGACUGAGGAAGGAGAAGAAACAGCAGAAGAAACAGAAAGAUAAAAAGGGUGAGAACGAUGAAAAGGCCCCGUCGGAAAGAGAUAAAGAAAAGCCUGUCACCCCAUCCUCGACACCACUGUCUAUGAAACCUCCAACUCAAAAAGCUCCCUCAGCAGUGCCUGCACCUUCAACUGCAUCUCUCCCCAUCCCCAUCCCCAUGCCUGCCUCUGAAGCUCCUGGCCCUAGCCCCAGCCCCACCUCUGCAGACAAGCCUGUUAAGAGUAAAGCUGAACUAAAGGCAGAGAGGCGUGCGCGGCAAGAGGCCGACCGGGCAUCCAAACAGGGCAAGAAGGGCGGAGAGCCCGGCCCACAGGCCUCUUCCAGCAAACCCAAGGCUCCCCCAAAUGAACUCCAGCCAGUGGUGAAACGACUUCCAGAACAUGUCCAAGUAGAUGACCCUGCAGUGGUGAAAAAACUUGCCAAGAAGUUGGAAAGACAACAGACUGAAGGCCAGGGCACUGCUAAAAAGAGAUCUGGCGUCAAGAUCCCGCUCAGGUCCGACUACGGGUACAAAGUCAGCCUCUUCUCUCACCUUCAUCAGUACAGCAAGAAAGCACCUCUCACACAGCAGAUCAGCAUCCCCUCCACAGUGAUCCACCCCUCGGUUGUGCGGUUGGGUCUGCAGUACUCCCAGGGCAUCGUGGCAGGAUCCAACGCUCGCUCGGUGGCUCUUCUCCAUGCCUUCAAACAGGUCAUAAGGGACUACAAUACCCCUCCCAAUGAGGAGCUGUCGAGGGACUUGGUGAACAAGCUGAAGCCCUAUAUCAGUUUUCUUAAUCAGUGUCGCCCUCUAUCAGCAAGUAUGGGAAAUGCGAUCAAAUACAUCAAGAAGGAGAUCUCCAAUAUACCCAGUCAGUGCAAAGAGGAGGAGGCCAAGAAUAAGCUGCAGACUUGUAUAGACAGUUAUAUCAAUGAGAAGAUCACCCUGGCAGCCGAAGCCAUAUACGAAUAUGCCAUAGAGAAGAUCAGUGACGGAGAUGUCAUUCUAGUAUAUGGAUGUUCAUCCUUGGUCAACCACAUCCUAUGUGAGGCCUCUGAGAAGAGCAGGAAGUUCCGAGUGAUCGUGGUGGACAGCAGACCUCGUCUGGAGGGCAGGGAGGCUCUGAGGAGACUGGUCCAGAGAGGCAUCCGCUGCACCUAUGUUCUCAUCUCAGCCCUCUCCUACAUCCUACCCGAGGUAUCUAAAGUGUUCUUGGGCGCCCACGCACUGCUGGCCAAUGGCUACGUGAUGUCCCGGGUGGGGACAUCUCAGGUGGCACUGGUGGCCAAGGCCUUCAAUGUGCCUGUGCUGGUGUGCUGCGAGACCUACAAGUUCUGCGAGAGGGUCCAGACGGACUCGUUUGUGUCCAACGAGCUAGGCGACCCUGAUGACCUGAUGGUGACCCGGAAAGGGAAGACGCAGCUGGAGCACUGGCAGGAAGUGCCCUCGCUGGGCCUGCUAAACUUGGUCUAUGAUGUCACGCCUCCGGACUUUGUGGACCUGGUGAUCACAGAGCUGGGCAUGAUACCCUGCACCUCUGUCCCCGUGGUCCUGCGGGUCAAAAACGUGGAUCAGUGAGACGGUCGAAUUGGUCUCAAUCCCUGCGUCCCAUUAGCAGCAACACCAACACUGUGCUUUUGGCAUUCAAUAAAUGUAUAUCUGAACAUGGCACAUGCUUUUUAAA